AUGCGUCUCCGCGGCGUCGUCCUCGCCCUCGACCGCGACGCCGACGGCUUCGACGGCGUGCUCGAUCGCGAUCGAAGCACGAAGUACGAGCUCGAGUGCGGGACGCGCGGGACGCUGCGACACGCCCUGCGCGCCCUGCACGCGCUCGCGCGUCGACCGUGCGAACGCCUCACCGUGCUCGUCGCGGACGACGGCGCGGCGACGCGAGCGCGGGAGAUGAUCGAGCGUGCGAUGCGCGACGGUUCGUGGUCGGGACGGACGAUCGAGGUGACGACGGCGAGGGAUGGGGCGAGCGAACUCGAGGCGCUGGCGACGCUGGAGGCGGACGACGCUCGCGCGGGAGCGACGACGUUGGUGGUGAUGUACGGCGACGUGGUCACGGAUGUGUCGUUGGAUGCGGUGGUGAGCGCGCAGUUGGCGCGGGGGGGGGCGGCGACGUGCGCGUUGGCGACGCGGAGACCGUGGGCGGAGGUGGAACGUAAGGCGGGAAAGGCGCCGAAGGGGACGCGGUACGUCGGUCUGAGCGCGAGCGGGGGGGAGGUGGCGUUCUUGGCGGGUGGGGAGAAGAUGGAUGAGGCGCAGAAGCGAUUGAAGCUGCGACGAUCGAUGUUGGAUGCGAACGGGGAGAUUGUGAUUCGCACGGAUAUCACCGACGUCGGGAUCUUCGCGUUGGACGCCGCGCGCGCGUUCGAUGCGAUUCGCGAACGGCCGGACAUGAAGAGUUUGCGGUACGAUCUGAUCCCGCACUUUGUGGCGGAGCAGUUCCGUGGGGCCAAGGACGCGGUCGUCGCGGCGUACAUGGUGCCCGCGGAUAAGUAUUGCGUCGCAGUGAACACGGCCAAGCCGGCGCUCUUGGAGGUGUCGCGUGAGAUCGCGUCGGAGUUCCAUCACCUGAACGAGCGACCGCUGAGUAAGUACGAUAACGUUCUCGAUCACUCCACCGUGGUCGGAUCGAAGUCCACGAUCGGUCCGGGGUGCGUCGUGGCGGAGCAGUGCGUGCUCGGGGACAAGUGCUCGGUGAAAAAGUCCGUUAUCACCGCCGAGUGUAAGAUUGGCUCCGGAGUGAAGAUCGUGAACUCGCUCAUUCUUCGCGGCGCCGUCAUCGGUGACGGCUCGCAGAUUCAAGGAUGCGUCGUCGGUCCAGGCGCGAUCGUCGGCGCGCGCGUCGUCGCCAAAGACAGCAUCGUCGGCGCCGGUUACGAAGUGGCGGACGACGAAGACGUAGACGGCGAAACGCUCGAGAAGCGAGACUAA